GACAAGCCAGAGACGUGGGAGAAACAGUGGAGGUGUUUCAAGAUGCUGCUGUUCAACCACUUCUGUAUCCAGCUGCCCAUGAUCUGUGGAACGUACCACUUCACUGAGUUCUUCAGCAUCCCCUACGACUGGGACAGCAUGCCACGAUGGCCCUACCUGUUAGCUCAGUGUCUAGGCUGUGCUGUGAUAGAGGACACCUGGCACUAUUUCCUCCAUCGCCUGCUACAUCACCGCAGUAUCUACAAGCACAUCCACAAAGUGCACCACGAGUUCACUGCUCCAUUUGGCAUGCAGGCAGAGUACGCCCACCCAGCUGAGACAGUGAUCCUUGGGUCUGGGUUCUUCAUCGGCAUCAUGGUGUUCUGUAACCACGUGACGUUGUUAUGGGCCUGGGUCGCCUUCCGCCUGCUGGAGACCAUCGACGUACACAG